AUGGCAUUGCAUGAGAGAGAUACUGUUCCUAGAGAUGAUUCGAGUCAAGCUUCAUCCAAAGAUGCGGGUUCGAUAAAAUCGUACUCGGAAACAGAUUCAUUACUUUCACCAGUAACCGCUGCUUCAACUCCAAAUUACAAGUCGACUGCAACUUUUCCAGACGUAGAAUCUGCACAAAAUGACCAAGUCCAAGACGAAACCACGGGAAAAGUCACGAAGAGCGCUGCUAUUAUAAUAAGUCUUCUGCUUAUUGGUGUUUUUAUAUCAUAUGCAGAUGGCACGCUUGUUCUUGCAACAUAUGGUACCAUUGCUUCCGAAUUUCGGGCACUGGGUGAUGCCAGUUGGUUGACUACUAGCUAUUCUUUAGCGAUGUGUGCUGUCCAACCUCUUACAGGCAAGAUUAGUGAUAUAUACGGAAGGAAGCCAGUUCUCUUGAUAUCGUAUGGUUUCUUCGUGAUCGGAUGUGUUUUGACGGGGCUCUCACAAACAAUGUGGCAGACUGUGAUGGGUAGAGUAGUAGCUGGUAUUGGAGGUGCGGGUAUGAGUGUCAUGGUCUCUGUUCUGAUAGUGGAUCUUGUACCUCUCAUUCAUGUUGCUGCGUGGAGAAGUUAUGUCAAUGUCGUUGGGACGAUUGGAAGGAGUAUCGGUGGACCCUCAGGCGGGCUGCUAGCAGAUACAAUAGGGUGGCGUUGGUCGUUUAUCGGACAAGGACCUCUGAUGCUUUUCGCUAUUGCUCUACCCAUCCAAGCCAAAGAUGGGCCUUCAAAACUUCGACGAAUUGAUUUUGUUGGAGCAUUUUUGCUGACUGGAACCAUCGCCGCUUUUCUCGGCUCUCUCAGUCUUGGAGGACAAGCACUGCCUUGGUCGCAUCCUACAGUUCUUGGGUUGUUGUUGGGAUCUGUCGUGCUUGGUGCCAUAUUUGUGGGGUAUGAGGUCAAAGUCGCUGCGGAGCCUAUAUUUCCGCCAGCACUUGCUGUCCAACGUGAUGUAGCAACAUCUUAUGCUAUUAAUGCGUUGCAGCUCAGUGCACAAGUCGGCAUGAUGUAUUCAGUUCCACUCUAUUUUCGUGUAACGCAAGGCAGCUCUAAUACUACUGCUGGGCUUCAUCUCUUUCCGGCUGUGUUUGGUAAUACCACAGGAGGUCUCCUCGCAGGCUGGCUAAUUACUCGCACUGGUCAUUACAAAUACCUCCUGACCUUCUCUACUAUCUCAUCUGUUUUCUCUUACACUAUGCUUCCCACGACAUGGCAUAGCAAUCACCUUUCUCUCGCAGCGUCUCUCUCUAUAUUUCCAGGUGGUUUUGGUCUCGGAAUAACGGCUGCUUGCGCAUUUAUUGCCCUCACCGUUUCUGUUCAGAAGAGGGAAAUGGGUAUGGCAACUGCAGGUAUGUAUUUGAUGUCUAGUAUCGGUAUGGUUGUUGGAGUUGCCUUGUGUGCCGGAGUUCAAAACAGUUCUUUGGGAGAAGCACUUGCAGGGUUAGAAUUGGAUGCAACCAUAGUGAGGCAAGUGAUGGAAGAUGUAGGAAGCGUGAAAGACCUGCCGGGAGAUAUCAAGGUCCAGGUAAUAGAUGCCUAUGUGAAAAGUUUGGGAGCGAGUCACGCAGUGAGUGUGGGACUAUCAAGUUUGGCGUUUUUGUUAAGUUUGGUGGUUAGAGAGAGAAAGAUCAGAAAGAUGGAAAUCCGGAGAUGGUGA